CUUGCUUUUCAGGAAGUGAGUCAUAUGACAACAAUCCUGUGACAUCGCUGUGUGUUUUGGGUUUGAGAAACGAAUUGCACUGAAAACUCCACAAAAUGGAUUGAUCGUAUGAUCAUAAGAAGAGCAUGGAGAAUGAUGAAUUUCCGCCAGCGGAUGGGAUGGAUAGGUGUUGGACUGUACUUGUUGGCUAGUGUUGCUGGGGUGUAUUAUAUAUUUGAGAUCAGCCAAACGUACAACCGGCUUGCACUGGCGCAUGUAGAGAAGGCACCUGGAGCACAGACAAAAUGGUCAGGAGAUGCUUCAUCCUCAUCCCCUUCUUCAACCUCAUGGACACUUACUCUGAGAACAAGACUUCUCCUCUUGCCCUUCUGGGUGUGGGCCACCAUUUUCCUUAUCCCCUACCUCCAGGUGUUUCUCUUUCUUUAUUCCUGCACAAGGGUGGACCCAAAGACUGUUGGAUACUGUAUUCUGCCCAUCUGCCUUGCUGUUCUCUGCAACCGUCACCAAACCUUUGACAAGGCCUCCAAUCAGAUCAGCAGGCUGCAGCUGAUUGACACCUAAGUUUUCCAUGAUGUGGGAUUGGAUCUUGGUGCCAUACACUUUGGUGUCUUAGGGGUUUGGGAAUACAAAUGUGCAUUUUUAAACAAGAUAUUGCAUUGUCUGUACACACUUGUUCACGACUUUAAGGAUUUUGCUACAGGCAUUACAUGGGGGUUAAGGGUUUGCUUUUUUUUCCUUUUGAAAAAAGAUGGUUCAAGCCAUGUGAAGUUCAACACCAUUUUUUGUUUUUGUUUUAACUACAUCUUCAGUGCAAUAUCAGUGUGAUUUUAGUUAAAGUAGAUUAUAACAGGAUCCAGAAGUACUUUCCAUGUUUCCUCAGUCUAAUGGUACUUUAAAAAAUGUUUUGCCUCAAUUUAACUGAAAUAAUAUUUUUAUAUUUUCUUUUAUAAUUGAAAGUGAAUUUGACAAGUGAAUUCUCAAUCAAGCCAUGGUCCAAGAUGUUACCUAGAAUUUUUGCAGUUGAUUUUACACUAAAGAUGGAAGCUGAAAAAAGUUUGUAUGACAGCGAUGUGGGUGUAAAAUGCUGACAGGAGUGCAUGCUAAAUAUUUAGAUAGGAUAUGGACAGUGGAUUAAUUGUGUCACUAUAAUUUCCUGCUGUUCUAUUCAACUCCAGUGGUUAAUAUUUAGUGAACAUUAAUGGUGGAAAACAAGGACAACAAACAGAACAAACAGUACAAAUGGUGCCACGUACAGGUAUGUGUGUUCCAUUUUUUUGUCAACGUUGUCCAUGUUUUUACUGGUUGUGAAUGUAGAAAACGGCACUCAAAUAGGGAACAACAAAAACAAAAUAUGUUUCUUAUCUGUGAUGAAUACAGUUUAAUAUCAGUAUUUUGCCUUCAGUGAUGACUUAUGGUUUGCCCCAGACAUGGAAAGGGAGUAUUUUCCUCAAUCUCUUCAACUUGUGUUUGACAAAUUCUAACUAUCAUGGGUCAAACAGUGGAAAGGCAGUAAAGACGAUUCUAAACAUCUCUGGGUGGGUUUUGGAAAACAAGUUAUGCAUGCCUAUGUCUGUAUGGAAUAUUUAUGGAAUGUCUAAUUGUAGAGGGAUAUCACUAUCAUUUUACAGUCUUUUCUUGCAUAAGCAAAGCAAAGGUUAUUUAGACCUGCAGGGUGUGUAGGUUGUAACGAGUCAGUUGCAAACUUACCUAACCAUGUGUCUCAACUCCUGAACCCACUAUUCAAAAGCCAAUUUCAGCCUCUCCGGCUGCCCCUUUCAGUUUAGCCUGUGCUAUAGACCCAGGUGUUUCAUUUUUCAACAUUACUGCUUGUUAGUAUGGAGACAAUGCUUUUGGCCAUGUCUGGAGAGUUUUACGUGUUUGUUAAAAUGUUCAAAACAAGGCAAAUUGUUUUUGUCUAAAAGGGCUUGUCUGUGAAUUUAUAACGAUAAUGUUUAAUCUGUAUUUGUUAUGAACUUUCCAUUGCCGUCCUUGUACACUGUGAUUUCAAACAAGUCUGGAUUCUGACAAAACUCAAUGUAAUGUGCAGUGCAUAUUCAUUUGAAACCGUUACACUGACAUAUUAUUUGUUGCCAAUUAGAAACUCCAUACAUUUAAUGGGACUGUCUGCAUUCAAAGUUUAUUGCACAAUGGUUUAUUACACCUGUUAAAAAAGUACUGAUAACUACUGUCAAUUUGUAACUUUAUGCCAGGAAAAAUGUAACACUAAAACAAUUUUCCUAUCACA